AGCCCGGGAGAGUGAGACAGGCGAGGGGCGCUGGGAGCAGGCGCGCGGGAGUCCAGACCCCAGAGCCGGCGGCUGCGCCUUCCCCGCACCGGGACCUUCGCCACGCACCAGACCCUCGCCUCGGCCCCCCGUGCGAGCGCUCAGGAUGACCACCACCCUCGUGUCUGCUACCAUCUUCGACUUGAGCGAAGUUUUAUGCAAGGGUAACAAGAUGAUCAACUACAGUGCUCCCAGCACCGCGGGCUGCCUGCUGGACAGAAAGGCAGUGGGCACCCCUGCCGGCGGGGGCUUCCCCCGGAGGCACUCGGUCACCCUCCCCAGCUCCAAAUUCCACCAGAACCAACUCCUCAGCACCCUGAAGGGCGAGCCGGCCGCGGCCCUGAGCUCCCGGGACAGCCGCUUCCGCGACCGCUCCUUCUCCGAAGGGGGCGAGCGGCUGCUGCCGCCGCAGAAGCAGCCCGGGAGCGGCCAGGUCAACUCGAGCCGCUACAAGACGGAGCUGUGCCGCCCCUUCGAGGAGAACGGCGCCUGUAAGUACGGGGACAAGUGCCAGUUCGCGCACGGCAUCCACGAGCUGCGCAGCCUGACCCGCCACCCCAAGUACAAGACGGAGCUGUGCCGCACCUUCCACACCAUCGGCUUCUGCCCCUACGGGCCCCGCUGCCACUUCAUCCACAACGCCGAGGAGCGCCGCGCCCUGGCCGGGGCCCGGGACCUCUCCGCCGACCGCCCCCGCCUCCAGCAUAGCUUUAGCUUUGCUGGGUUUCCCAGCGCCGCCGCCACCGCCGCCGCCUCGGGGCUGCUGGACAGCCCCACGUCCAUCACCCCACCCCCCAUCCUGAGCGCCGAUGACCUCCUGGGCUCACCUACCCUGCCCGAUGGCACCAAUAACCCCUUCGCCUUCUCCAGCCAGGAGCUGGCGAACCUCUUUGCCCCCAGCAUGGGGCUGCCGGGCGGCGGCGGCUCCCCGACCGCCUUCCUCUUCCGGCCCAUGUCCGAGUCGCCCCACAUGUUUGACUCGCCCCCCAGCCCGCAGGAUUCGCUCUCGGACCACGAGGGCUACCUGAGCAGCUCCAGCAGCAGCCACAGUGGCUCCGAUUCCCCCACCUUGGACAACUCAAGACGUCUGCCCAUCUUCAGCAGACUUUCCAUCUCUGAUGACUAAGCCAGGGUAGGGAGGGACCCCCUGCCUGCUCCGCCCCGCCCCACACCCCCAGACCCCCUACCCCGCCCGAGGCCCCCAGCAAGGUUAAGCUCAACCCCUCCCCCUACACACCCAGAACCUUGGAGUGCCCCUCCCCGUGCCCCCCGCCCCCCUAACAUGAGGACAAGUCCAUUUGUCAGUAGCUUCUUCUGGCUUGAAACCCCCCCCUCGGUUUUCACAGCCCACUCAACGCGCAGAACAGACAAGUCCCAUACUGUCAGUAGACGCCUGUUUCCUUAAGUGCCAAAUCACAAAAGAAAAAGCAGUAUCAGUUUACAGAAGCAACUUAGUGCCUUGUAACCGAACUUUGUCACUGUGACUAUAUUACCUCUUCAGCGCCAGGGGGCGCCCUUGGGCCUCCCGGAGCCUCUGCCCAGGGGGAGGGGGAGGGGGAGGGGAGGGGGGACCCAGAACUAGCAGCUCCCCACUCUGGCGACAGAGCUGUGCCUGCCCUUGUCUCAGCUUCCUACACACUUCUUCCUCCCUCCCUGCCCGGGACCCCGCGCCCCGCCUUGGGAGGAGAGUUGUUCUUGGCAGACUUGGGUUUUGGGGGGGUGGGGGGGAACCUUAUCUUGAUGCCCGAAAGUCUUUUUCCUUCCAUCCCGAGCCCCUGUUGACUAAUCUUGCCCAGGUUUGCUAGUGCUGCAGGAAGGAAGGCUGGGAAAAGCGGACACGAAGAUAUUGACAUCCGUGGGACUUUGUGAUUUAAUUUUUUUUCUUUUUUUUCUUUUAAAGUGGGGAGGAAGGGGACGCUAGGUGGACUAUGAGAGACUUGAUUUUGGUGCUAAAGUUCCCCAGUUCAUAUGUGACAUCUUUUAUGGAAAAAAAAAUAACAAAAAAAAAAAUGAGAGAAAAACUAAAAAAAAAAAAACCAUGUAAGGGGUGAGCAGUUAAUGGUAUUCAUUCCACAUACAGUAUCUGUAAGGCGAUUUCCUGUAGAAGUAGCUUUAAUGGUUUUUUGCUCUAGAAUACCGUAGGUCUCUCCUUAGAGCAUCCACACCGUGCUUUUUUUCCCUGGGAUUUAAACUUCAUGUAACUUUCAGAAAUUGGAGAGCAAAAAUUUUGCUUGUCACUGCACAUCAAUAUAAAAAAGCUUAUUUAACUUAUCAAAACGUAUUUAUUGCCAAACUAUGCCUUUUUUUUGUUAAUUUUGUUCAUAUUUAUCGGGAUGACAAAUCCAUAGAAUAUAUUCUUUUAUGUUAAAUUAUGAUCUUCAUAUUAAUCUUAAAAUUUUGUGACGUGUCUUUCCUUUUUUUUUCCACAGUUUUAAUAUAUUAUUCUUCAACAACAUUUUUUGUAACUUUACACUUUUUUUGGUUAUUUUAUUUUAAAAAAAUGAAAAAUUAAUUUAAAAAAAUGCAAAAAACUGUUGGAUUAUUUAUUUUAGAAAUUCCCCCCUUUGUGUUGGACUGCAAAUUGAGUUUCUUUCUCUUUCGGCCUCUCACGACUAGGACUGAGAAUGUAUGUAGAAGUUCUGUGACAGUGCAGAAGGGAACCAGCUUGUCCGGGGUAGCUUCUGAAAGGGAGCGUCAGCGAGAGAAACCCUUUAACUUCCACGCGCCCGUCUCGACAUUCCGCUGGCAGAGCUAAGGUUCUGGAUUCUAGGUGUGGAGUUUUCCGAUGUUGAUGUAAACAGAACUGGCGUGCGCGCACACACAAAGAUGAAUGUAAUUACUCCUUUGGCUGGCCACUACCAUUGCUUUCUAUUUCUCUUUCUUUGUGUGAAUUUAUUUAAAAGAAAAAAAAAAACUUUUUGUAACGACUAUUUGCAGUUUAAAGAAAAUCAAUAAACCCCAUUUUUCUUUUUUUUUU